AUGGCUUGCUCCAGCACAGAGCAGCUGUACAAUAGCCCGGGUCUGCGCCUCCCAGCCCCGCGGAUGCACACAGUCCGUGCUACAGCCUCCACACCACACGCGGGCCACAGCGGUCGGCGCCUCACCAGGCCCGUCGGCCCACCGGCAGGGGCUGCGCAGUCCCGGUCCCCGUGGCUGGCCCCAGGGCCUGGGUCGCGAGCCUCCCCGCCCCGCGCACCAGCCGAGGCCGCCCCGCCCGGGGCCGGCGGCACCCAACCGGAGCACUUGCUUAGAGAGACUAGCUUAGGAGGACAGAUGCAUGGACCGGAAGAGCUCCUUGCCUCGUCCCGUGGGGACAGUGAGAAGGUGUCUGGGGACCUUGGCAGGCUGCAGAUGGAGAGUGAGGUUGCCAAGGCGGAGGUCAGGGAGGUUCUGCAGGCCUUGGAGGAGCUGGCUGUUAACUACGAUCAGAAGAGCCAGGAGGUAGAGGACAAGAGUCUGCAGAACAAACUACUGGCUGAGGAACUGGCCAAGAAAAUGGCCCACCUGAUGCGUAUUGAGGCGGAGUUGUGUCGUCUACAGGAAGUGAGCGGUCAUCAGAGGAAACGCAUCGCUGAGGUUCUCAACGGCCUGAUGAGGGACCUUUCUGAGUUCAGCGCCAUCGUGGGCAACAAGGACAUCAAACUG